UGUGGCAGGAGUCAACCUUAUCAACCGUACGUGUACAAAUACCACGUCAGGUAGAUAUUUUGUGAUAGCCGAUCCGCUUUCAGGCUCGGGUCGAAAUGUUCAAAUACUUUGAUCUUGGAUCGUGUCUCGAGAGGUCACUGAGAGCUGUAGCCAUGGCGUCAAGCGGCGCAGCAGCCGUUCGAUAUGCUCUGAGAACUACGCUUGCUCCUCGGCUAGUCCACUCUUCGUCAGCUGCGACUGCAGCGUUCGUCCACCUCUCACCGAAUGCUCUGGGCAAACGACCGGAAGUCUGGGUCACUGCACAACGCAGACAUUUCUCAUGGACUCCAUGGAAGGCGUCUUCGGACACUGUAGAUGCGACAGCGAUAGAGACCUCGACACCCUCUGCGGCGUCCUCUAGCUCGGCAAUACCCACUGCUACCUCUUCAGCGGACAAUUUGAGCAAUGCCAUCGAUAAAGCGGCCUCAUCGUCGAGUCAGACCAGCAUCACAGACGCAAUAUCAAACAAUACUGGAGCAGCCGUUGAUGCUGUCAACGACGCGGUCUCAUCGACCGCCACGACUGCUACGACUUCCAAUAUAGCUUCCUCCGCCAGUGAAAGCACUUAUUUACCUGGUGAAACACUUUCCACCAUUAUCGCCAACAACCUUGGCUCGAGCUCUAGCGCCAGCGCUGAAUCUCUCAAAUCCCUCCUUACGUCCCCUGAAGCCGUUGCUGCCCCUGCUACCGUCGCCGAUCUCGCAUCUGUCGGACUGGGGCACAAAUGGUACAGUCUUUUCGGAUGGGCGACUGAUUUCCUCAUUUCUGCUCAUAAUUUCACUGGUCUACCAUGGUGGGCUACGAUCAUCGGUGUCAACAUCUUCAUUCGAUUGAUUCUCUUGCGAGUACUCAUUCCGAGCAUCAAACAUAGUCACCGAUGGGCAGCGACUAUUCCUGAACAAGCGGCCCUGAGUGCCCGACAAAAGGCAGCGACAGCAGCUGGAAAUCAGAAAGAAGCUAUGGCUGCUCUUCUACAAAUGAGGAAAUUAUGGAGUGAACAUGAUAUCCACCCAUUGCGAUCAAUCUCCUUGCCUGUCGUUCAAGGGGCGACCUUUUUCGUCUUCUUUGUGGCCAUCAGGCGUAUGGCGACUACCCCUUGGCCUCAAUUCGUCGACGGUGGUUUCGGUUGGGUCCAGAAUUUGACAAUCCCCGAUCCGUACUAUAUCCUUCCCUUGACCAGUGCUUUGGCAACUAUCGCUGUCAUAAGAACGGUGCCAAUAAGUCACAAGCCAGGACAGGAUUCGCGGUUCACCUGCCCAAUAUCUUUACCAUGAUGAGCCCAAUCUUCUUCGUUGCCGCGAGUCAAUUUCCAGCGGCUGUCACCCUUUUCUGGUCCAUCUCCAACUUUUACUCCCUCCUGCAGGCGAAGGUCCUGAAGCAACCUCGGGUCAAGUCGAUUUUGGGCAUUGAGACUCCAGCCCCAGCGCCGACUGCUGUACCUGCCCCGC